AUCCUGUAGUCAAUCUUUCUCUUUGUAGAUUAUAUUCAUCUAAUAUGGGUAAAGUUCACGGUUCUUUGGCUCGUGCCGGUAAGGUCAAGUCUCAAACUCCCAAGGUUGCUAAGCAAGAAAAGAAGAAGGCCAAGACUGGUCGUGCUAAGAAGAGACAAGUUUACAACCGUCGUUUCGUUAACGUUACCGCCCAAAUUGGUGGUAAGCGUAGAAUGAACCCUGCUCCUACUGCUGGUCCUUAAAUUGCUCCUUCAUGACAAUCGACCUGUUCAACUUUUUUUUUGAAUCGAAACCCAUCUGAAGCAAUUCGUCAACUUUCGAAUAAAAAAAAAGGCUAAACAUAUCAAUCAUACAACUAA